AGUCUUUGCGUUGUUUGUUUAUUAAAAAUGCACUGCUAUGUCCAGUGCGGGGAUACUCUACUUUGUACGGGCUUCACAACAACCUGGACACUUGCGGCAACAUAGCUGUCUCAGCUAGUCUCUUAAAGCAGGAGAAAAUACUAGCGUAUCACAUACGUCAACGGUUACCUCCACUCUUAGUUAUCUUUUCCUCAUUGUGGUAGUAUUCGUACAUCUACUACGUCUACAUCAUGUUGAACGCUACACGUGCCGUGUCUUCUCGGUCGCUCAGGCUGUCCAGCGUUAGAGUUAUGUCCACUAAAACUAUCAAAGCAGCUAAAGAGGGUGAGCAAGCCUGGACCACAAGAGCUGAGAAGGAGCUCAAGGGACAGAAACCCAACGAAGCACUGCUGUGGAAAUCUCAGGAGGGUAUCGAUGUUAAACCUCUGUACACAGCCGCCGAUAUAGAAGACUUGGAUAUCGCACAACAUCCGGGAGUAUUCCCGUACACACGAGGACCUUACGCGACGAUGUACGCCCGUAAACCAUGGACGAUUCGACAGUACGCUGGGUUCAGUACUGUGGAAGAGAGUAAUGCCUUCUACAAAAAGAACAUCGCUGCUGGCCAGCAAGGUCUGAGUGUCGCAUUCGAUCUGGCCACACACAGAGGAUACGAUUCAGAUAACGAGCGAGUGGUGGGUGAUGUGGGUAUGGCUGGUGUUGCCAUCGAUAGCGUCGAGGACAUGAAGGUUCUCUUCAAAGACAUACCUCUUGACAAGAUGUCGACGUCCAUGACAAUGAACGGUGCAGUGCUGCCUGUGCUGGCUAUGUAUAUCGUCGCCGGCGAGGAGCAGGGUGCCAAGCAGAGCCAAUUGGCUGGAACUAUACAGAACGACAUCCUGAAGGAGUUCAUGGUGCGAAACACAUACAUUUACCCACCCGAGCCGUCGAUGAAGAUUAUUGCCGAUAUCUUCGGGUACACCGCUACCCACAUGCCGAAGUGGAACUCCAUCUCCAUCUCGGGCUAUCACUUGCAAGAGGCUGGGGCCCACUCAGCUCUAGAGUGCGCCUUUACCAUUGCUGAUGGUUUGCAAUACUGUCAGACCGGAAUCGACGCGGGUUUGGAUAUUGAUAAGUUUGCGCCUCGUUUAUCUUUCUUCUGGUGCAUCGGAAUGAGCUUCUAUAUGGAAAUCGCCAAGAUGAGAGCCGCCCGCAAACUAUGGGCCGAGUUGGUGCAGGAUCGCUUCAAACCAAAGAACCCUAAAUCGCUGAUGCUGCGAACUCACAGUCAAACAAGUGGUUGGUCACUGACUGAGCAAGAUCCGUACAACAAUGUCGUGCGUACAACUAUCGAGGCGAUGGCGUCUGUGUUUGGCGGUACCCAGUCUCUGCAUACUAACUCACUGGACGAGGCUUUGGGUCUCCCAACAGAGUUCAGUGCCAGAAUUGCGCGUAACACACAGCUGAUCCUGCAGGAGGAAUCGCACAUCCCCAAUGUCAUCGACCCCUGGGGUGGAUCGUACUUCAUGGAGAAAUUGACAGAUGAGAUUUACACAGAGUCUCUAUCAAUCAUCAAAGAGAUUGACGAUUUGGGAGGUAUGGCCAAGGCUGUGGCAUCCGGUAUGCCUAAGUUGCGUAUUGAAGAGUGUGCGGCCAAACGACAGGCACGCAUUGACACUGGCAGAGAGGUUAUUGUCGGCGUUAAUAAGUACAAGAUGGCCAAGCAAGAUCCAUUUGAUGUGCUUCAAAUUGACAACACAUCCGUGAGAAAUCAGCAGAUCGCGAAAAUCAACCGCAUCCGCAAAGAAAGGAACUCCAUGGAAGCCAAUAAGUGUUUGGAGGCACUGACUGAGUCUGCUAAAACUGGCGAAGGAAACUUAUUGGAACUGGCCAUUAACGCUGCACGAGCGCGUUGCACAGUGGGUGAAAUAUCUGAUUCGCUCGAGGUAGUCUUUGGCCGCCAUGUGGCUCACAGUGGCAUGGUCAGCGGCGCGUACAUCAACGAAAUCCCUGGCGACGAUGAUAUGGGAAAGGCUUUGGAUAUUGUGAAGGAAUUCGCCAAGGAAGAGGGUAGACCUCCCCGAAUUCUCAUGGCCAAAAUGGGCCAAGAUGGACACGAUAGAGGCGCAAAAGUUAUCGCCACAUCGUUUGCUGACAUAGGAUUUGAUGUUGAUAUCAGCCCGCUAUUCUGCACACCCGAGGAAGUGGCACGCCAGGCAAUAGAUAACGAUGUGCAUGUCGUGGGUGUGAGCUCACUGGCAGCAGGGCAUAAGACACUUAUACCGACGCUCAAGACAGCGCUGACGGAUUUGGGACGGCCGGAUAUUGUCAUUCUUGCCGGAGGUGUGAUUCCCCCAUCAGACUAUGAUUUCCUUUAUGCUGCUGGUUGCAGUAGUAUCUUCGGUCCUGGCACGCGCAUACCCCUUGCCGCCGUGAAGGUCGUGAACGAUAUAAGACUCGCCGCAGCAGCUGAGGCCGCAAAAUAAAUAUUAGUUAUAGUUUACACAUCAAUAAAUGCUUUUAAGUUUCGCGCUUUGAGACUCACCUUGGGAUA